AUGGCGGACGCCAAGGGCCGGGAAAUGGAAGGAGAACUAUUAACUACAGCUCGCAAAGUUUCAAACUUGAACGUGAAUCAUGUUACAGUAGCUGAAAUUUCGGGGAGUGUUAAAACUUUUGUAGGAGGUACCAAACACUGUUGUAAAACAACUGAGAAUACUCAAAUACAACCAUUCAAAAAUGCUAUCUCUCUUCCAAACAUAAACUGUUCAGACUCUCUAAACAACAGCCAAGAAUCUAUAAAUGAAACUGAGUCACCAGCGUGUGGAACGUCUCAAGGCUCAUCUGAGCCUACUGGAGAAGAUAUAAAUAAAUGUGAAGUUAGUAUGGACCAUAUGUCCGAAGUACAAAACGUUGAUUCUUGUAUUCAACAACCAGAAAAUACUGAAGCAUCUAUAGAAAUGACGUAUAAUUUAUUAAGGUAUAUUAAAAGUUGAUUACUGAUAUAUUACAUAGGUUUAUAUUAUGGUCAUUUCAUACUCCUACCUUUUCGAGUUUUCGUACCUUUACCAUUUCGUACCCAGGUUUGGUUGUUUCAUACCCAUGCUCAUAGACGGAUUUUGUGGGGGUGCAGGGGGGUGCUACUCCCCCAAUAUUAGCUAUAACCCCCCCCAAACAAAAUGUCCACCCCUCCAAAAAAAAUUUCAACCCCCCCCCAAUAUUCAGCAUAAUAAAAAAUAAUUAAAUAGUCCACUCCAACGUGCAGAGUGUUGAUGAUACAAAAUAAACGGAGGAGUACACUCAAAUAGAAAAAGACAGUGCAAUACUCUGAAACUAAUCGCUCCUCGCUUGCAUUCACUGGUUUAUUGGAGCAAUUGUAAAGUUUUGAAACUCUAUUAUCUUCCCUGAAUAGAGUUUGCAGUGCCUUGUCAUGCAAAUAGCUUGCACGCAAGGAACGUUUGGAAUUUUUACGAACACUAUUUUUGUUUUUAAUUCUUUUAGGAAAUAGACUUGCCUAGAUUUAAUCUUUACACCCCAAAUAUUAUUUGCAUCGGAGUUGCAUCAUAAAUUGUACUCAGAUUCAAACAACACAAUGUCAAUGACUUUAUAAAAGUAAAAGCAUAUCGUGUAUUGGCCUAUUAAUUGGGUUUACACUUUUACAGGACUGAGGUUCAUUUAACUUUAAGUCUUUAACUCUCUCAAGUCUCAACAGACAAUCGGACAUGCCAAAUCCAUUGAUAUGACAAAUUGACAACUUCAAAAAACUUUUUUUCGAAGCUAGAAAUCAUGAUUUUUUUCAAAUUUUUCCUGGGAUACUUUGUUUUCUGCUCUCUAGACUCCCCCUCAUGGCUCUAGUGCUCCACCCCUAGAAUAUAGACCUUACUGGGGUUUGGUGACACUUUGUGUUGCUUCAGUCACCUGCUCACGGCUCACCCCCCUAAAAUUUCUGGCACCACCCCAGUAAUAAAUAUGAAAAUCCGUCUAUGCUUAUGCCAUGCGCACAGACUUCGUGGUCACUGUGAAAAAAUGCAUUUCGUUUUUCAUGAUAUAUAAAUAUAAAUCAAAUUGCUUUACUGACUUAUUCUUUCACCAAAAAAUUCCUUUUUAUAUAAACCCUAGCUGUGUCAAUUUUCUGUAAAUAGUUUUGAUUGCACGUUACUAUUUAUUUGUUUGAAUUUAUCAUGGGUAAAAUCCAUAUAAAACAGUUAUAUCUGAGCAUUUUUGUAUUUUAGUGCAAUCGUUCAACUACAGUUGGGUACAAAAUUACCAGAGUUUGGGUACAAAAUGACUAGACGGUUGAGUAGGAAAUGACUGGAGUCCGGAGUACAAAAUGACCUGAUUACCAAAUAUGCAUGUCGUAUUUGUUCAGCAACAGAUCCAACCAGACUGGAAAGUUUGCAAAAUUGGACACAAAAGAGAAUCCUUGAAUUACAGGAUAUGCAUUUAGAAAUUCUGAAAUUGCCUAAGCCUCAAAAGUGUACAAAUUAGGAAAACUUUCCUGUCUAGAGAUCAAUAUACAAUAUACAAUAUCGGCACAGCUGAUUGAGAGAGCACUGGUCAGUCAAAUAUCUGGCAGUACUUGAAAACUUUCAUACUUACACCUUAUUUCCUUUAUGUAGCCCCCAGCCUUUUUUUAGCCAGCCUCUUCUAAUUAGCCUGCAUUCCAGAAGUGAUGAAAAAGUAUACUGUAAUAAGCCCCCCACCUGCUAUUUAAUUCCUCCAUGCAUGCUCUAUUAAUUUAAUAUAGUCACAGGGCCUAAUAUAAUCUCCAUCUACAAAAAUCCUUCAACAUUCAAUUGUAUUGAUUGAACAAGUAUGGCCCAAAAUCUAGAAUAUUAACCCUUAUACCAAUUACACUGACAUCACUCUAUAGUUACUCAGGCCUUGAAUUUAGCGGAGGCCAUGGCGGCCACUGACCGUCGAUACCCUGCUUGUUGGCCGGUAAUGCCCUCAAAAUAUACUGAAAUCCACGGCCAGUAAUGGCCUGCCCUCAACCACAGAGUACAGUACUAAAGGCUUAUAGUUUAAUAGGUAGUUACGGUACAUGUAACUAUGAUAUGAAUAGUUUCAUUUGGCAUUUUUUUAAUAUUAGAGAGGUUAAGAUGCCCCGGUUUCGGUGUACAGGUACGAGUAGUGUCAUCUUGUUUUACUGAUGUCUGUAAUUCGAUCAUACUUUUUCUGUUUUCUUGCAAUAGACAAUGAUAUAAUGCGAAAAAUGUGCACCUUAAUUACGAGUAAAGGUACAGACAUCGACGAAAAUAUUGCUAGCCGAAAUCAUGCUACUUGUACACGUACACCGAAACCGGGGUAUCUUAACCUCUCUAUUGUUGUUGUUCUGUAUAUUUUUCUUGUCUCAUGGUAAUACAAACGUUAUUUGAAACUUUAAAAUAGCAACUGAAUAAAAUUUUCAAACUAGCCUUGAUGCCUUGUAUAUUAAUUGGCCUUGAUGCCCUGAAAAACUUAGUAACAUUCAAGGCCAAAUUGACCUUGCCUUUAUUUUUCCCAAAUUCGAGACCUGGUUACUGGUAUCAUCAUGAUAAUAAAUAAUAUACAUGGACUCAUGGUUAGCUGUCAGAUUGGUGCACUUACUGUAAUUGGAAGGAUCACAGGUUCCAUUCCUGUCAGUAGACCAUUUGCAACUGCUCUUAGUUAGGUUUAAUAUAUGAAUAAUGGUUUUUGCCCAAAAUUUCACCAGAAAUUUUGCUCAAAUUUUUGCUCGAAACAGACCUGGAAAUAAUUCUAGCCUUUCUUGGAUCCUAGGCCAGGGGGAAAUAUUUUCUUUGAAAACACUGUUAUCAAAUUUAGGCCGGGGGGGGCAUUUUCUUUGAAAACACUGUCAUAAAAUUUAGUUGGUUUAAAACAGCACUUAAAUUUUGACUCUUACAGCUGUUAGGCAUUAACUGUGCUUCACAUGCAGCCUUCACUGUUCCUUAACAACACUGUUCCUUCCACCUUAACAAAAUCUAUUCAAUUAAUCAAUAAAUUGGAUAUUGGGUAAUAUUAAUUAAUUCUAUGUUACUAAUAUGUUAGCAAAUUAGGUUUUAGCAUAUCAAAUUAAAUUGUAAUAAAUGCUUAUAUAGUGUAAUAGCUUAUUACAGUUGUAGUUAUAACUUAUAAGCGUUUAUUACUACCUAAUUUGACAUUUGCGAGUUGUGUGAUAAAGAAAUUUAAAUUUCAAGGAAUAUUUUUAUGUAUGCUCAAGUGAAAAUCAGGUGAUAUCACUUAUAUCAGCGUUUUCAGUUCUAAGAAAAUUUGGGAAAUUUUUUACCUUUUUGUUAAUUUUUAUAGAUAAUUUUUUUCAAGAAAUUUCAAAAUUUUCUGCCAAAGAAAAUUGAAAAUCCUUAAAAUCUAGCAAUUUUUAAAAAUUUUCUAGGAACGUCGUUCCCAGGAUCCACCACUAUUUCCAGGUCUGGCUUGAAAGACCCUUCAAUACUGGGUUAGGUUAAAAUGCGGAAGCGGAUGCGGAACGGAUGGGGUUAAAAUGCGGAACGGAACGGAUAUGGGGUUAAAAUGCGGGACGGAACGGAUAUGGGGUUAAAAUGCGGAACGGAUAUGGGGUUAAAACGUAACCUAAAGUUCAGGCCCUAAUUUUAAAUAGGGUCUGACACAAAACCUGUCUAAACUGUGGGAUUCCCAUCCAUCUGGUGGACGGGAAAUCUGAUUGGUUGAUCAGCAUCAUGAAAGAUUUUGAUUGGUUGCAAGUUCACAUAAACAAUAGUUUUAAAAAUAGCUCGGUCAAGGCGACAAUUAAGCCGGUUACAGACGAGCAAGUUUUCUAUGACAAGUUUUUAUGUGACAAGUUUUAUUUGCCAAGUGCACGUGUGUAUAUGCAACAAGUUUCUCUAUGACAAGUUUUCAUAUGACAAGUUUUAUUUACUGGUGUGAAUGUGUCAGAAAAAGGUGUUUAUCGCCGCCAUGACAGAAAAAUUACAAUAGUCCACUGGCUAAGUGCUCAGCUGAUUACUUUGACAAGUUUUCUUUGUUGACCCAUACAGACGAACAAUUUUUUCUAUGACAAGUGCACUUGUUCAAAAGCUAGCAUGCUAGCUUUUGAACAAGUGCACUUGUCAUAGAAAAAAAUGUCAAAGUUGCGCGUACAGACGAGCAAAUAAAACUUGUCACAUAAAAACUUGCUCGUCUGUAACCAGCUUAAUUGUCGACCUCCACCAGAUGGAUGGGAAUCCCACAGUUUAGACAGGUUUUGUGUCAGACCCUAUAUUUAAAAUUAGGGCCUGAACUUCAGGUUACGUUUUAACCCCAUAUCCGUUCCGUUCCGCAUUUUAACCCCAUAUCCGUUCCGUUCCGCAUUUUAACCCCAUAUCCGUUCCGUUCCGCAUUUUAUUUAUUACAUAUGUUGUUUCUGUUGUAGUAAUAUAGUACAUGAAAAAAUUACUCGAUUCUGAUUCCAUAAGAGGAGUACAAUUUUAUUGAAAUACAUGCAGUGGCAGUGCCAAGUAAAGUGACUAUGAAUAGCAUAAUUUUUUAUGUAUAUUAUUACAAUAAGUAAUAGUAUGCAUGGUCCAAAUUUGGGAAAACAACAUUUGUGAGUUUUUCAAAGACCUCAAAGUGCACUCGUCGUUUGACUUGUGCAAUUUUGAUUGUCUUUUAAAAACUCACUCAUGCAUUUCCCCCCCAAAUUGCACUUAAAACCAUGCUAUUACCCAAUAUACAAGUAAUUGUAAUGGAUGUGUCAUAAUAGAUUUCAAUUGACAAAAGCAAAACAAUAAUUAUUAUAGAUAUACGCGGAUUAGCUGAACAUGAUACCACAGACUUGUAUUGGUCCACAUCAGCUUAUUAAUUGAGCUGACAUCUCUAGUAUAUAACUUUCAUUAUAUCAAAUAAAGAAUGAAUGUAAAUGUAUACCCUAAUUUCAUUCAUUGGUUAUAAUAUUUUGAAUUAGAUAUCAAGUUAACUUUACCACCACUCCUGUGCAAGUCACAGGAUCAUGGAGGGAUUUUGAAGGAUAUCCUGAAAACUUUCUCAAAGGUUGUAAAUGGUAUGUAUUGGAGCAGUUAUAAGUGUUUGUCCUAAGUAUAAUAUAUCAAGUCCUGGAAUUUGCCGCUCGCAAUCUAGAAAAAUGAAAACAUUCUAAGGUUUAAUAAUGAUUAACAAAUUCUAAGGUUUAAUAAUGACUUUAGUGUGCACGUCAUGCAAUGUUCUCCUGCUUUCAGCACACAAUCGUAUCCUAAUAUAACUGAUGUCAACAACAAGCCAGUUCCAAUAUAAAUGUUUUCUCAAAGAACCUUAGUUAUCAUAUUGACCCGACUCCGUAUGUUGUCACAUCACAUUGGCUAUACGUGGUACUUGCAGUUUUGCAAUCACCGUAAAAUAACGACACGACCAUAAUUCAUAAAGCCAAAAUCCAUAGACAUAGUCCUAAUUUAUACUUUGCCAGUAACUUUGGAAAAUUUGCUAGUGAAGAUAAAACUAAAGGCCCAUUUCCACUCAAGAAAAAUUUCCUGGCACAGAAAAUUUUCCGAAAAUAUCAUUGUUAAUUUUCAACUUUGAAAGUUUUUGCGAAGGAAAAUUUGUGUCAGCCAAUCACAUGUUACAAAAUUUUCUUUCUGCGGAAAAUUUCCCUGAGUGGAAAUGGGCCUUUAGGGGUAUAUGUUUGCUUGUUGCUUUAAAAGUUAAGCCUUGAUUAUAUUGUUCUAUAUAUUGCACUUAUUGUUAUCAUUGACUGUUUUUGAAAGAAGGAAGAUUGAACAAGUUACACAUGCAGCACUGAAUGAUUAUGUUACAUCCCGUGCAUAUGCACAAAUACAGCAAAAUGAAGGUCACAAUACGUUUCGCGGGAUAACAAUUGUUUUCGAAACAAAAAUAGGGGUGCAGCGGAUAGAGCAUUUUACUGACCGGCCGGAUACCGGAUAGUUGAAAAUUAUCCUGCCGCCUUUUCUACGAUCACAACUUAAGGAUAUAAGUGACGUAAACACUGUUUACACAACGAAAUUGUUUUUCUUAUAAAAUGUGUACUUUACCAACUACAUGAAAAAUACGAAUAGAACGAACUGCGAACGAACACUCUAACGAAUAGAAUUACGAGUUGUCGAUGAAAUUUCGUUUCCCUAUUUGUGUAUUUUCCUUUACUCUAAGUAAGAUGUGAUCAAAGCUAAAUUGAACUUGUAUCAUUUCUUUUGUUUUCUCAAUACUUAGGUCACCAGAUGGAACAUGUAUUCUAACAUGCAGUGAUGACAAUAUGUUAAGACUUUUUAAUCUGCCAAUUGAAUUAUAUUCUGAUUUUAAUACCUGUGAUAUUCUACCUGAAAUGGUCAGUUUAUUCUUGUGUUCAGCCUUCAAAACCAAUGUGUUACAAUCUCAAGUUUUGCAAUCUUAAUUUCGUGUGUAGAGUUCAGUUCUUGGAAUGAGGGAAGGAGAAACAAUUUAUGACUACAAUUGGUAUCCUAAUAUGUCCUCUUAUGACCCUGACACAUGUUGGUAAGUUGAUUGGCAUCAAAGUGCAUUUACUAAGAAUCAAUAGUAUAACAAUCAUCUAUCAUGCUUUCACACAUUUAAAAGGCAUCCACACAUGUUAUGCAGACCAUAUGUUGUUUUCAUAUUUGCUCAGCUUUGUACUGCAACUGAGAUAUUAUAUAUCCACGAAAUACUACUUAACAAUAACAAUGUCAAAUAAUGUGCAAUCAAAUCUAAAAAAGACAACCUUGGCUAAUAUAUAUAUUCAUGAGAGAGAAUAGGAUCUUCACUCGAAACGCAAAGAAGUGAUAAAGAUAAACUUAUUUUCAUGGGCACACACAAAUUAACAAAAUACUUAUGUAUUCAGUAUAUAAUCAUUAUACAUUAAUUUCUUGAAUAUAUAUAUUUUAGUUUUAUCAGCAGCAGUCGUGACCAUCCUUUACAUUUGUGGGAUGCUUUCACAGGACAAAUACGAUGCUCUUACAGAUCUUAUAGUCACAUGGUAGGCACGUUUUUACUCUUUUUGUAUUGGAGAUUAUAUCCUCAGUCUUGUAACCGAAGGAUAAAGGAUUCCGAGAUCCCUCUUUAUUCCAGGUUGUUUUUGAUUUUGAUGAUUUUAAUUAUGGUUACAUAAUACAUGUUGAACUUGUAUUGUGCAGCGUUUAAUUUGGACGGAAGUAAGAUAUAUUGUGGUUUUAAUAAAAUGGUUCGAGUCUUUAAUACAGCUCGACCUGGGAGACAAUGUCAGCAACGACCAACAGGUAAACUGUCUGUUGUACUGUAUGUUUGCAGUUUGGGUUUGAAACUCUGCGCUACGUUCAGGGUGCGAUAAUUCAAUAUUUUUGGCCGUACCUGACUGGUACUCCGACAACUUUUUCCGCGUACCUGAUCUGGUACAAACUUAACAGUCAAGACGUACCUAAGACUACUUCCGAGUCAUGCGUUUUUAUACCUACGUAUAGUUUUAAUACUGGUCCAAAAGCAAAAAAUGUAUGGGCAAUUUUGUACAAAUGAAUCUUUAAUUAUCGUAUUUGUACAACAUAAUAUAACAGUUCUCAAAGCGUCGCCGUUGUGACUCGAAUGCCAUCGCUCAUUUACAGUGGAUUUACCGAGGGUGCUAACUGUCUGACCUCAGCUACAUACAGUGGUGGCAGGUUGGCUAGUUAUUGCUAGAAGGGAAAUGUAAGUACGCGAAUAGUAAAUUUCCGCGUACCUAUGUGGUACUUGGCUAAAAAAAAAAGAAGUACCAGACCAUAAAUUUGGCGUACCUCUGGUACGUUGGUACGCGAAUUAUCGCACCCUGCAGUCGUUGAUGUUUCUAGAAAAAGCUUUUCUUCAGGAGGUUCAUAGCUACGACGAGCCUUGUCUCGAAACAUCGAUCAUUUCAGGUAGACCAAACAAACGGUAGGAGCAGGGUUGGUAGGUUCUUGCGCAUGCUCGGAGCCAAAUGCCGUUGAAAAAGUAGCCAAAACCUACCAAAAGAGGCCAAACAACGUUCUGUUCAAAAGAAGCUAAAUGCGGACUUCUGCGAACACAGUGUGCUCAAUUUGUCAGCUGUAUAAUUGACUGGAUUUCAUGAAUACUGAUUGGCUAGAAUUACAACCAGGUUUAUUUCUGACAGUGAGUCGAAGUAAAAAUGCAUGGGAAUCAACCUGCAAAAAUUAAUGCUUUCAUUUCAAAAUAAUCAAUAAAUUUUCACAAAAUUCCUGUAAACUGUGAAGAGGCCAAAAAAAAGCCAAAAGACCAAAUUGUUUCGAGGCCAAGCUAGAAAAAAAGAAGCCAAAAUCGAGUUAUUUGGCCUCAAAAAGGCCAAUCUUACCAACCCUGGGUAGGAGCAUUAAAAUCAUGUGCCAUGUUUCUUGUGUCCUGAUUGGUGGAGUUAUUUUAUUUUGCUUGCUGUUCACGGAACAAAUUAUGUUCACGACCUGACGUUUCAAUACUCCAGUCUACUGUCUUCACUAUAGGGGUAAUCUUAAAUUGCAAUUACGUGACUCACUAAUACUCAAGGAAUAACGUCGUCAGUAUAAGGAUCAUGUCGUUAACAAAAUGAAUAUACCCUGAUGGUCAUCCCUCUUCACACGGCCAUCCCUCUUCAAAAUAGGACGCAUACGAUCAUAAUUAUCAUUGUCAUCACGGGCAUCACUUCUGAUGCAUGGAGACACAAGACGAAAUUGUCGAAAGGUUGGUCGUGAGUGUAAUUUAUUGGGGAUUACAUUUCUUUACUUAAAUCACUGAGUAGCGAGCGUGUCUGCAUGUCUGUCUGAUAUUUAUACCUUGAUUUCUUGGUGUUGCGAAUUCACAAACUUUAUAAUAAUAUUUGAUUUCUUCAAGUGAGUAAAAAACAAGGUCAGUUUGGUAUCAUCUCGUGUAUUGCAGUAUCUCCAGAAAAUAGUGGUCUUUAUGCGUGUGGAUCUUUCUCUAAGUCAGGUAUGAUGUAUCAAUAUUCUUUUGAUAAAGAUUUUAUUCUCUUUAUUUUUCGGUCAUAUUGAAUAUAUUUUUUAUACUACUGGAAAAUGUGAAUGUGUAUAACGGUGGUGAAAUGAACUUGCAGCUAACCUAUUACGAGAACAAAUUCUUACUGGCUAUUUAUGAAGACCAAAUUAGAACUGAUAAAGCUAUCCGGUAUAAAUAUAAUGUUAGCUUAUAUAACGAAAUAUAAUGUUAGUUAAUGCAAAACCACUGCAUCUCAAGUUAGAAUAUAAGAAAAGACCAGGUAUACAGUAUGAAUGUUAAUUUCUUCCUCGGAAUAUAACUGAGAAAGAUACCUUGCAGAGGUCCAGUAAGGCCAUACCUUGUUCAUGACCGUAUUUUGAGGGAGGGAGGUGCGCACCUUGUUAUUACAUGUGUUGCUUUAAGGCCUUCUUCUGUGCAAUUGAAAAAGUGAUAAUCAUUCAUCUCUGUUUCAAAAACUCAUUAAUAAUUCAUGAGGAAAACACAAAGAGAAAUCGUAAGCGUGGCGUGUCUUUAUAUGUGAUAAAACACGCUUCAAAUUUCAACUUGUAUUUUCUCAGCUAAUACAAAGUUAUUUUGGAAAAUUAUUUCGCCAAUGCCGUGGUUCUUCAACUCGUAGUUCGUGUUUUAUCACAUAUAAAACACUCCGCUACGCGUCGUGUUUUAUAUGUGAUAAAACACUCCUACUCGUUUAUUAAACAGUAUUUCAAUCACUAUUUUAGUGCAAACUUUGUAGUCAUACAGUCAUAAUUCAUGAAUACAAUAUUGAUAGGUAUACAUAUAUAAUACAGGUAUACAUUUAUACAUUCAUGCCUAGACCGCUGCACCUCUCCCAGCAUUUACACCAAAAUCCGGCCCUGACCUUAUUGGUCAAGUUUUAAACUUUAAAUGAAGGAGGAAAGGGGCGUAACCAGAGAAAAGCUGCAGUAUUUGUUGGAAUUAAUUAAACUAGAAGCACUCUUCUCACAUGUAACUGAAAUUUCAAUCACAAAAGUACGCAACCUCGUUCCCAGGCUCUUACCUAGUGGAAGCUGCUCACGUGAUCUGCUAAAAUCUAUUAUCAUCAUCAAUUAAAAAUCUUCUAGAUUUUAGCAGAUUACGUGACCAGCUCCUAUCAGGGUCUUUCCUCCACAAGAGCUAAGAGCCUGGGAACGAGGUUGAAACAUACGUUGUCAUGGGGAUGGAAGCAAAGAUGGAAGCUACAUGAAUUAACCACCAACUACUGCACGUGUGAGUCUACAGGGUGUAUCAAAAAAAGCGCAAUCCUUGACUGAAAUGUAAAUUGCUAAACAAAUAAUAGACGAAAACGUUAAAGUUUACAUUCAUUUUAAAGCGUAGCCAUUCGGCUUUCUAACAGUGGGUUGUUUCUUAAAUUUGACUCAUUGGUUCGCGGAUAAUAAUACUUUACGUUAUUGCGAUUAGAGAUUAAAAAAAUUGAGAUGAAAUAACAAAUCGUUCUCAUGAAAAUAACUGGGUUUUUUCAGUUAAAACAAAAAAAUGUUGCAUUUUAUUAAAUGGAUUGUAACAAUAAGUAUAAUUACGGCUUUUCGUCCACUAUUUUUAACUCAGUUUGAAACUUCAAAUGCGAUAUAAUUUGGCUUGGACCAUCUAAGCUGACUGACAUCAACUUGCUAUAAUUUCUGUUUACAUUACAUCGCAGUUCGAUGACACUCUGGCUCAGACACCAGAAUGUUUUGACGAUUUUUAGCAUUCGUUUAGGAUUUUCAAACAACCUGGUCUCUUUUAAAAUACUUUUAAUUUGUUCUUACGUGGUUUUCCAGAUGUAGUGACGACAACAUUAAAGUUUAAAGAAGAAAAUUCUAACAUUUAAACCGACUAAACAAUAACAUAGUAAACUUACAUAAUUAAACAGCAACUAAAAAUGAUAGGUUUUACUAAAUCUUUUCCUGUGCAAUUAUUACUAGCAUUGGAGACAAGGAUAAUAGUUUGUUUGAAAGAGAAAAGAACAGGCUUUGAAGUAAGCCUAAAAGCGUUUAAGUAGAAAUAGUAUUUCGAAAGUUAUUAAGCACAAAAGAUGAAUUGCGUUUAUUUUGAUACACCCUGUAUAUAGGCCUACAAUAUAUGGGCCCGCAGUAAUUGGAAGUAAUUCUGUUGCGGUAACCCUGCCACUUGUACUUUAUAUGUAUGUCUGUCUGUCUGUUUAGUUUAUGUAUUUAUCAUGGCAAAGCUAAUAAAUUAAAAAAAUUAAAAUUAAAUUAAGGUACAUCCACUUGCACAGUGCGGAGUUGUAAUAUUGAUUUGUUGUUUCAUUAAUUUAGUUGGUAUUUAUGGUGAACCAAAAGGCAAUUUAUUGAGUCUGGUUGAAGGACAUCAAGGUGGAGUGACACAUUUAGUAUUUUCUCAAGAUGGACACAGGUUGUACAGUGGAGGAAGAAAGGUAGUAGAUAAAUUUGGCUAACUUUGUUUACAUCGUUACUAUACCCAAUUCACAACUUUAGAUAACUCACAAGAAUAUAUAGUUACCUAUUGUUCUAGUUUACAGAAGCAUAGAAUAGAACAAAGGUAACAAUGCAUUAGAACUAUGUAUAAGAGUUAUUCACUCAUGUAGAUAAUUCUAAAGUUUAGUUACCUUAUGCUUCUGUAAACAAGUACACUAGUAACUAUGGGCUUGUGAGUUAUCUAAAGUUGUGAAUUGGGAUGUGUCAAAUACCUAAAAUUAUGGGAAAUAGUCAGUAUUUUACACUGUAAUAACCCUAUUUGGGUUAACUUAGAAACUCAAAAAAAUUUCCGGACAUAUCAUUGUCUUCGCAAACAUACAAAAAAUUUUCCCGACAUAUCAUAAUUUUUUCCGAAAAUAACAAGAUUUUUCCGGACAUGGCAGAAUUUUUUCCGAAAAUAACAAAAUUUUUCCGGACAUACCACAAUACUAAAAUAAAUGCAAUCAUAAAUCAAAGGCUAUUGAGGCAAACGGCGAUCUCAACGACAUUUUUCGCGUAGUCAGAAGGGAACUUUGCCACCGAAAAAAGGGCACUUUUGAAAACUUGUGGGGGGGGGGCUGCCCCCCCCCGGUGGGGGCUGCCCCCCCCGGUUCUACGCCCCUGCGUGCAGUGGCUUUAAAACACUCCUAAUUAGUAUUCCUUAUAUAAAGAAUACUAAUAAGGCAGUAUCUAUUGUAUAGUCGUGUCCUCAUUAGUAUUCUUUAUAUAAAGAAUACUAAUAAGGCAGUAUAUCUAUUGAAUUUGUAGUCGUGUUUGAAGCCGUUUAAUAAACUCGCAGGUCGUGUUUUAUUAGGUCUAAAGCCGCUCGCGCUGCGCGCUCGUGGCUUUAAACCUAAUAGAACACUCCUACUCGUUUAUUAAACAGUACUUAAAUGCUGUGAAGAUGUUGUGUAUGUUUCUUUAUUGUUAUGUCUUGUUUGAAAGUCAUAUAUAUGCUGGGCUUUAAUAUCUCUAUAUUGUCCAGUUUAUUUAACCAGGACAUUCUGGUUCUGUGGAUGUUUCCUUAUGUUAUAGGCAGAUGAAUAACCAGGAUCCCCCGGCCCCUAUAGACCUUAAACUGAAAGAAUGCAUGCAUAAAUGAUUUCGUACGUAAUUAAGUUAAUUGAUAUAAGCUGUUUCAACUAACUCCAGAUAUAUUCCAAGAAUCCUUGCGCGAAUCGUUUCCAAGCGCUUUUGAGAGAAUGUUGACAAGUUAUAUAACUGUAGAUUGUUGUUUUAUUGUGGAAUUUAAUUAAGCAUAAAAUUUUGUAUUCUUAAGACCCGUUUACACUUGCAAUGUUUUUUGCCAUUUCUAUUGCGAUUUUCUUCUUCUGAUGCAUGUGAACGAGUAGACGAGCUAUUAAUGUUCUGGGUAUAUGUACCUUCAUCUGAACAUUCCUAACUCACCCACUCGUUCACAUCCAUCAGAAGAAGAAAAUUGCAAUUAAAAUUUCUAGUGUGAUUUUCUUCUUCUGAUGCAUGUGAACGAGUGGAUGAGCUAUUAAUGUUCUGGGUAUAUGUACCCUCAUCUGAACAUUCCUAACUCACCCACUCGUUCACAUCCAUCAGAAGAAGAAAAUUGCAAUUAAAAUUUCUAGUGUGAUUUUCUUCUUCUGAUGGAUGUGAACGAGUGGAUGAGCUAUUAAUGUUCUGGGUAUAUGUACCCUCAUCUGAACAUUCAUAACUCAUCCACUCGUUCACAUCCAUCAGAAGAAGAAAAUUGCAAUUAAAAUUUCUAGUGUGAUUUUCUUCUUCUGAUGCAUGUGAACGAGUGGAUGAGAUAUUAAUGUUCUGGGUAUAUGUACCCUCAUCUGAACAUUCAUAACUCAUCCACUCGUUCACAUCCAUCAGAAGAGGAAAAUCGCGUAAACUGGCCUUUACGAAUUAAAGUUAUAAAUAUGACUAGCCUUUAUUACCAUUGUGCCCAUGCACUGCAUGACCAUGUAUAUGCAUAAAAGACCCGUACAUGCGGACGGGUAAAUUUUCCUUGACAAAUUUUAUUUGGCAAAAAAUUGACAAUUUUUCCUUGCCAAGAAUUAGCCUUGGCCAGCUUGACAAGUGUACAAGAAAUACUUAUAUGGUUUGGUGGCCUUGACGUGAGAUACGGGUUUAAAGCCUGUUUCAAACGUCGUGCUUCUCAUGUGCCGAAUGCAUCAGAAACAAUUGAUGAGGCAUUUCAGCUGAUUAUCUAUUGUUUUUAAUGCGUUCGGCACAUGAGAAGCGCGACGUUUGAAACAGGCCUAACUACAUUCUGUGUACACGAACAACAAAAGUUGUGAAGGGAAACUUGUCAAGAAGAACUUAUUGACCGUACGAGAAAGUAAACUUGUCAAGGAAUUUUCAAGAAAAACGUGCUCGUCUGUACGGGGAAAAUUGUAGAGGGCUUUGCUGAAAUAAAUUAUAUUUCAGGAUAAUGAAAUCAUAUGUUGGGACAUGAGAUACCCUGGUGCUAUCUUACACAAACUGAUGAGAUUUGUCAAUACUAACCAAAGAAUGUAUUUUGAUAUUGACAGGUAUGAAUAUAUAGCAGAAACUGAAGCUAGUUAAACCAAUAUGGAUGAUUCCAGCUAUUGACUAAUUUUUUAUCCAGACAAGAAAGACGAAAUCUAUCAUUAUAACUUAAAAGAACAUCCUUAAAUUAGUAAAAUUGCCACAUUUGGUUGCAAAAUGUUGUAAAAUACGAAAAAUAUAGCCCUGUGAAAUUGGCAAAUUUUGAGUAUUUUAGUAUUACGCGCGGAAACAUUCACCACUUUUGAGCCGAAAGUGGUGCAUUUGUCCGCGCGUAAUACUAAAAUACUCAAAAUUUGCUAACGCGCUAGUCAUGUUCAGCAAAUUUUCUCCCAGUACCGCAAGCUCGCAUUUUCCAGCGGACUUGCGGUAAAGAAUUGAAAGUUUUGCAUUUUGCAGAACUGAGUGCAGAACUGGCCAUUUUGUGUAAGAUGUCCGCUGACAAUACGAGCCCGCACGAGUAAUUUCGCUAAAUUUGACCAACGUGUAAUUUCACAGGGCUAUAUUUUCCGUAUUUUACAACAUUUUGCAACCAAAUUUGGCAAUUUUACUAAUUUAAGGAUGUUCUUUUAAGCUAUAAAAAAUUCUCUACUACUCUAGUGUAGUGCUUUUUAUAAGUAAUAACGACAUCAUUUUGAAUGACUUAGAAAUAAUCUCAAUUAAUUGGGCUAUAGUAAUGGCUUUCUGCUAACACAGAGCAGAUGUAUUUUUGGUGGAUGGAAUUUUCAAACGCAAAUUUAUAUACAUUUUACACCUAACCAGGAGCAGUUGCCAAAAUUGCAACUAAGUCCCUCUGGUAGGAAUCGAACUUGCGGCCCUGUAAUUCCGAUACGACGCUCUAACCAAGCUACAGAGACCGCGCGAUGGAGCGCUGCAUCGGAAUCGCAGGUACGACUCCUUCCAGAGAGCCUAUAGUCGCAUUUGUUGCCAAUACUCCUGGUUAGGUCUAAAAAUGUAUAUAAAUUUGCGUUCGAAAAUUCCAUCACAGUCUUGAUAUUUACUAGACUUGCUCCAAGUCUCUCUUUCAUUGUCAUAUAGUAUCGAUCCACUAUAGUGUACAUUACAUGACGUAGUACGGAGGGGCGGAGCGAGAAAGAGAGACUUGUCAACUUCGGAAAAUCUCGGUUCAAAACUGAACCGAAAAUGCAAGACUUGCUUUAAUUGUUUUCUGUCAGUGUUUAUAUGUAUUGAUCUAGCACAGUGUAAAUAACAUGAGUUCCAUUAUAGUAAAUAAUACAGAAAGAAAUUGAAGGAAAACAAUUAAAGCAAGUCUUGCAUUUUCGGUUCAGUUUUGAACCGAGAUUUUCCGAAGUUGAUAAGUCUCUCUUUCUCGCUCCGCCUCUCCGUGCUACGUCAUGUAAUGUACACUAUAGUGGAUCGAUACUAUAUGACAAUGAAAGAGAGACUUGGAGAAAGUCUAGAUAUUUACCCAUUAGUAAAAUUAUUGUGAAGUAAAACUAUUUUAAUAAAGUGAGUAUGCGUACGACAAAUGACUUAAAUUGAUGUGCAAUUGAUUUAUUUUUUCUAGUUCAGGAAAAUAUGUCGUCUCUGGCAAUCAUGAUGGAACUGUUAGUGUUUGGGAUACCUGUGCUUCCUCUGACGUCAUCUUACCAUGUCACAUGACCUACAUUGCUCAUGAUGACUGCGUCAAUGGUAUAAGGUAAUGCCGUCAGCAGUUUCGUUUUAUUAUUUUUCGUAAACCCAAUGCUAAUCUUACGACAACACUCACGAAUAUUUCUCAUUAGAUGAGUUUAGGAUCAUUCUCGCAACGAGUGCAAAAACGUUUGUGACUCUCUCCUCUCUCUAAAUUGUCGGAAUUGUCAGCUUUGUAAAUUCACUAUACAAUUGAAGGGUAAUUAAACACCGCAAUUUAUGCACCGUAUGCCAGACAUUUGAAAAGGACUCUGAGGAACAUUGCCUGCAGCAUUGAGGAUCAUUUUCAGAUUUUCAUACAUACGUAAUACGUAAUAAUAUUUCUGUCAUUUGUUUGAGCGGUCAAAUUUGUUAUGCUUUUUACGCACUUUUGAGGAACAUUUAUAAGGCAAACUGAAAGGUGGCAUUGCCUUCAGCUUUGUAAAUCCAAGCAACCCAGAUGAACCACGAGAUGCUAGCGGAGGAGGCUAGGUCCAAGAAACAUUAACUAAAUUUUCCAGGUCACAUUCUACUGAUUGAUUCUACUGAUUGAUUCUGAUUGAUUGAACAUUUUAGAACAUAUCAAUGUAUUUUCAGCUUCCACCCAAGCCUGCCUCUCCUGGCCACAGCCUCUGGACAGCGAACGUUCAUUUUACAAGACGAAUGUGAAAAUGUUGAUAAUGAAGAUGAAGCAACAAAAAGCGACAACUCACUGAGACUUUGGAAACUUAAUUUUAACACUGCAGAAGAAACGUAA